AUGGCCGCUGUGAUUGAUCUACCAUUUGCGUUGCCUGCCGCGCCGAAAAACUACGCGCCUGCUCAGGCAUCUUCUUCGUCAGUGUCUUUGACAAGUGUGGAAGUGUCGCCUGUGGGCGACGCCUUCCUCAGUUACAUGCGCCGCCGCUUGCGCCAGAGCACAUUCGAGGAGGACGAUGCUCUUGUGAAGCAGCGCUUGGACGAACACGUUGCUGCGAACACGCAGGUGGACGAGCUCGACAAUGACAUUGGCGAAGAGCCCGAGAGUCAGGAACUGCUGGACAGCGACCCCAUGCAGUGGAAGUCGCUUGAUCAUUACGCCGUACUGGGUCUGUCAUCGCGUCGAUACAAAGCGACUGACUAUGAAAUCAAGAUCGCGCAUCGCAAGAAGGUGCUCAAGCAUCACCCAGACAAAAAGGUGAGCGCGACGGGUGUGAGCGAUGAUGCUUUCUUCAAGUGCGUCGCGAAAUCGUUUGAGAUUCUGUCGAACCCCGAAAAGCGGCGUCAGUUUGACAGUGUCGACGAGGGCGUGGAUGAUGACAACGUGCCAACAGGCAAGGAGAGCCCUGAGCGCUUUUACGAGCUAUGGGCCCCCGUGUUCGAGCGUGAAGCGCGUUUCUCGAAGCAGACGCCCGUGCCAUCGCUGGGUACCAAGGACAGCACUAAGGAAGAAGUGGAUGACUUCUACAACUUCUUCUACAACUUUGACAGCUGGCGCAGCUUUGAAUACCUUGACAGCGAGGUGAAUGAGGGCAGUGACAACCGUGACGAGAAGCGUUACACGGAGAAGAAGAACCGCAAUGAGCGUGCUCGUCGCAAGAAGGAGGACAACGCGCGUCUUCGCAACCUCGUAGACAAGGCGCUUUCACUCGAUCCGCGUAUCAAGGCAUUCCGUGCCGCUGAGCGUGCGGCUCGUGAGGCCAAGAAGAACAAAGGUCGUCCUGGCGUGCCAGGAGCCAAGGGUGCCGCUGAAGUGGCUGCUGAAGAGCAGCGCAAAAAGGAGGAGGCUGAAAAGGCCGCCAAGGAGCAGGCUGAGAAGGAACAGGCUGAGAAGGUCGAGCGUGAUGCCGCAAAGAAGGUACGCGAGGCAGCGAAGAAGAACCUCAAGAAGGAAAAGAAGACCAUCCGCAACAUUAUCACGGGUGCCAACUACUUCCAGCCAGAGGGUACGACACCAUCUGCUAGCGUGCUCGACAAGCAGCUCACCGCACUCGACGCUCUUUGUGCUUCUCUUGAGCCCGAGCAGGUACUUAGUCUGCGCGAGGCGUGCGAGAAGAGCACGGCCGAAGCUAAGGCCGCUCUGCACAAGGCAUGUGAGGAGAAGAGCCUGGGCGAUGCAUUCGCUUAG